CAGCACCGCCACAAACAAAUGAGCUGAGCCCAGUGUAAGGAGUAAAUACAGUAAUUGAGAAAGGUAAUAAGUAUAAAUAGGAGGGUGUGAUCCUCUUCUGAAACCGAGAAAUCCUCUCCAUUUGUCUCUUCGCCCUCUCCAGGGCCCUCACUUGCUCAAGCCUCAAUCUUUACCCUGCUACUUGCAAAACCCUAGAUCCCAAAUAUCAUAUAAUCUGUAAAGAAAACAACAGAAAUAAAUUUAUCCAAAAAUAUUUGAUUGUUAUCAAAGUGGUUAUAAUUAUAGUAAAGUUAAAAAAAAAAAAAAAUUAUGGCAGCUCAAGAACAAGAAGUGGAAUCUCCAUCAUCGGAAACCCUAGAUCAAUCUCAAUCUUCGUCUUCUUCUACUUCUUCUUCGUCAGAUCCAUCGCUUUCUCGAAAUGUGUCUUUUAGUAAACUCAACGCGCAGGCGCCUGAGUUUGUCCCCACGCGCCCCUCUAGUCAUCAACAGCAACAGCAACAGCAACAACCUCCUCCUCCUACUGCUAGUCUUAAUCGCCUCACCGUGAUCCCUCCUCCGCCUCCUCCUCCGGCGAUGAUGCAUAUCUAUCCUCCUCCGUCGCCUUUCCAUGUUCCGAUUCAUAGUCCUGUACCCGUAUCUCACGUGAUCCCGGUCCACAAUCACCAUCCACAUCAUCCCCAUCAGCAUAGCAAUAAUCCUAACCACAACCACCACCACCACCAGCAUCAUAAUCAGCAGUACGUUCCUGUUCGGAAUCAUAAUCAGAAUAGUAGUCAAUAUGUGCCGCUUCAGUAUCAUGGGAAUCAGAACCAUCAUUAUGUGAAGAAAGGGCAAUUAGAGGAAGAGGUAGAGAAGAAGGAAGUAGCAUCGUCAGAUCAUAUGUCUAAAAAUGAUAGAAACGGAAACGAUGAGCCUAUGCAGAAGCUUUUGAAUCAAGUGGAGUAUUAUUUCAGUGAUUUAAAUUUGGCGACUACUGAUCAUUUGAUGAGGUUUAUUAACAAGGAUCCUGAUGGAUAUGUUCCAAUAUCUGUUGUUGCUUCCUUUAAGAAGGUCAAAGCUGCCAUAAACAGUAAUUCUCAUCUUGCUUCCAUUCUGCGGAACUCUGCAAAGCUUGUAGUUAGUGAAGAUGGAAAGAAGGUCAGACGGCAAAAUCCCUUAACUGAGUUGGAUGUUGAAGAGUUGCAAUCUCGCAUAGUUGUGGCUGAAAAUUUACCUGAAGAUCAUUGUCAUCAAAACCUUAUGAAGAUUUUUUCAGCAGUUGGAAGUGUGAAGACAAUUCGUACGUGUCCCCCUCAAACUUCUGGUGGUGGAGCCUCUUCAGCAUCCAGAUCAGCAAAAGGCGAGGGAAUGCAUUUCAGUAACAAGUAUUGUGAUGCACAUCUAAAGUUCUUCGUUUAUACUAUGCAGUUGCAUGCAUUUGUGGAAUACGAGUCUGUUGAAAUAGCUGAGAAAGCAGUAGCCGAGCUAAAUGAUGAGCAGAAUUGGAGGAGUGGUCUUAGGGUUAGGUUAAUGCUAAAACGUGCGUCGAAACCAACUCAAGCACGAGGAAAGAAGGGGCAUGAUGGCCAAGGGCAUUCUGAGGAAGAAGAGGUUUCUACUUCUGAGCAACCACCGAAUGAAAAACAGAUUGAAGAUCCUUCCCAACAAUAUGAUGGUCAUUCGCAUGAGCAUUCUGGAGAGGAUCACGUAAACGAAAAGGAUGGCGCACAGAGAAAAGGGCGUAACAGAGGUCGGGGCAAGGGACGUGGGCGGGGUCAGUACCACCAUAAUAACCGUGGGAACCAUGUGGGAACUCCCCCUUCAAAUAAUCUGAUUAUUAACGAGCAGCCAUCCAUGGCAAAGCAACCUCCAGGGCCUCGAAUGCCGGAUGGCACUAAAGGAUUUGCUAUGGGUAGGGGGAAGCCAGUUGCUGUUAAUAUUGCAUGAUUUAUGUUGUCAGACAGUUGCUGUUAAUAUGCAUGAUUUUAUGCUUUCUAAGAUAAAAGAUUUUAUUCUCACAAGUGGGGCGGGAGAAUGAAUUCUUGUGUCAAAUGGUAUUGAUGGCAGGUUUUACAAAGGGCUGUCAAUCUGAAGUAGUUAUUAUGAGGGUCGGGUCGGGUCGGGUCAAAUUAGGCGUGAGGGUCAAGUAUUUUAUGUCUUGGUAUUUUUGUAAGGAUGAUGAAGCACAAAUGGUUUUCUUAUUUUUAAUUACUUUGUUUUAGCUGUAUGAUGUAGAAACCAGAAGGAUUAAAACCCUUUGGAGGGGGAAGUCAGCAAUACUUAUAGUUAAAUGUGAGCCAGACUAUUGACAUCACAAAUAAAAACUUUAGUCAAUUGCAUCUC